AUGUCGUAUCUACAGACCUUUGGGAGCAUCCCUUUGGACAGCUUCUAUCCAGCUGGUACGCGGCCUCAGCCUCGACCAGGUCUUCUGUCAGAGACCCCAGGCGCUUUGUUGCCAUCCCAACUCACGCCAAUGACCGUGACAGAGGACCUUUCCAUUUCCCGUCUCACGGCUAUUGCAACAUGGAUCCGCGAUCACCUUGACCCUCGGAUCGCACGCGAAGGCGCUGAUAUCCUGAAAUCAGAAGACGUCUUGAUCCUACACGACAUCUUCAUCGCUCUGCAACACACUGAACUGAGUGCCAAUACUCUGCGGGCAACGAGGAUCCACAAGGCGAUCCUGGAGAUUUCAGGAAAGGCGACACGUUGGCCGGGUCGGCUAGCUGACGAAUGCGACAAGAUUCUUGCGCUUUGGAGACGGAGGUUUGGCCCACUGGAGGGAUUGCGGCCAUUUCUUUAUAGCAAAGGAGGAAGGCUAGACGGCAUUGCCAGUGUGACUGAGACAUCGAGGGGUGCCGUGUUGAAAAGAUGGAUGGAAGAUGUGCCAGACCUUGUCGCGCCUGAGCAGUCCAGACGGGUUGGAGAUUUGGGAUUCCAGCCUGGCGAUUGGUGGCUCAACUCUCUGUUUGCAUUCCGCGCUGGCAUCAUCAAUCUUGAGACGACCGAGGGCGGCAUCUGUUUCGAUUCCCAAGGAGCGUAUGCCAUUCUUCUCCGAGACUCUGAUGAAGUUGAUGGAAGUUCUCCCUCGGCUUUUAUAUACCGCUGCAGGACGAACAAUCCAGGUCGUUUCCGCCUGACGUCUGCGGACUACAAGAGUCGCUAUCCAGUGAGGGUGCUACGCAGUCACAACCUCACGAGCUUAUGGGCUCCCCGGGCUGGGGUCCGAUAUGAUGGCCUUCACAAAAUUUCAGGUUGGACGAUCCGCGCGGCCACAGCCACGGAAGCUGCGAAGUCAGCCUUCGCACUUGGUGAGCUCUUAUUUGAUGUCAAAUUUGAGCGCGUGGAAGAAGGUCAGAAGUCAAUGCAGGAGGCCUUAAAGUAUCCGUCCGCCGCAGAUAUCGAUGACUACGCAGAGUUCAAACAACUUCGCCGCCUUCUUCGACGCCCAUCACACGAGGACUCGGUAAUCGAAGAUGUAGGCUUGGGAAUGGAUAUCGAAGCGCCUCUCGAAACAUCACCCAUACCCGACGGUCUAGAGCUCGCCAGUGCGACUCCACUGGUUCCCGCAAGCGUUGUCCGUGCCGAGUCCAUGACAAGUAUGAACAACACAACUAAGAGCGCUGUUCUAUCUCAGACUCCAACCUUUGGCCAAAACACUCCCCAGAGCGUAAUCUCACGCUCCUUUACAGAACACAGUCUCAAGGCCACCGACGAGCCUUCCCGCCGACCGUCUCCUGCACGCCUAACUACAUCGAGUUCAUUCCAUCUACCAUCGCCCAAAGCUAUAAGUACUGCAUUAUUACGACAUCCAGGGAAUGAUAUUCCACUCGCUGAGGACCAGGUUUCGAUUCUGGCUAUUCCGGGCUCGAGCGGUACACACACAGCGACCAACAGUCAGAAGUCGUCUCCAACCUCUGAACCCAUCCGAGAUGCACAUGCUACUCAGGCCCGAAAUGCGGCACAAAGUCUGCAUUCAAAUUCGGGUAGAGCCUCUCCAAGUGUUGCGCUCAAAAAGCCAGAAAACCCGGCCAAGGCAUACGUGGAGUCUACUGGCCUGCCUCUUACAGAGGUAGCCCCGUGGGCUGAUCUGGAGCCCCAGCCAAGUGUUGACCGGUCUGUAUUACUUCACGCCAGAGCUCGAAGAAGCACCAGCACAUCACGACCGCAUGAAGUCGUACCUCGGGUUGAUACGGCCUCGCCAGGAAAGGGUCCAUUUGCAUCUCCACCAUCACGGCCACACAGCUCUCUGCAAGGUUCCCUUAGCAGCCCAGCAUCUGGACAUAGCGGCGUCGAAACUCAACUUCAAGGCUCUACGCUCACCAAUACCCAGCGUGAAGAGCGGCGGGCUCGGAGAAGAAAACAAGACAAGAAAAGAGCAGAUGAAGAGUAUUCGAGAAGCGAAGAGAGGCGGCAGCAAGGGCUGCCUCGACUGAGCAUGAACCUUUUCAACCGGAAGGGCAACAUAGGCCGACUUCUGGACGGCAGCACCGACUCCGCAAAAGAUGCAUCGCCUCUCCCCUUCGGAUUUUCUCCCAUUCGUCGGAGACUGUCUCCGAUCACAGAUCAGGAAUGGAAUACCGUACUCAACUCUGCACCGAAAAUUCCUCCCCGCAUAGAACUACAGCCAACAAAGCUCGAAGACAAUAUCGUAUCGCCAUGCGCGCUCCCGCCCGCCAAAAUUGGCAACAAGUCGCGGUCCUCCGAGCAUGUCUUUGCGUCUGUUAUGCCUGCCUCAUCUUACCGUCCGGCACCUUCAGAAGCGCUGCGAAACGACGAAAUUUCCGAUCUCGACGGGGCCGCAGCCGUUGAGGCGCCCAAUACAAGCUCUCUCAAACUCACCGGUGGUCAUAUUGAAGACGACGACAAGGCGUCCAGGCGCUCCUCCCAGGUCAUCAAAGCAGAACAGAAAGUGAAGGUACUUGAAGCUCUCCUAGAAUUUCAAGCGAUCAAAAACUGGUUCACGAACGCCUACACUGAUGGCUCGAACUCACAUGAUAAUCCGCCCAUAUCUGCCUCCCUCUCUGACCUUGGCCAGAAACGUACACUGCCGUCCUCAAUGGCCCUGGGCCAUGCUCUCAGACCCAGCGGUCGCGAGUCGUCACAUACUUCCCGUGGCUCAAGUGGUGAUGGGGCGCCUUUGAGUCUCCUGACGCAUGCGAAAACACAAGGAGAGAAGGCGGCCAAAAAGGAGAAAGACAUGGCGGCGUUAAAGAGGUGGCAACGGGAUGAGAGGGAUCAGGCCUAUGAAGAGGCGGCCAUGAGACAAAAGCCGGUGAGGGGCAUGAUGAGAGAGGACAGCCCUGAUCGACAGGACAUAGAGGGGAGGGUAAUGUUCACGGAUCCGUUUAAAGAGGCAAUAGGCAUAAGUGGCGAUGCUGAUGUGGGUAAGGCUCAGAAGGAGGAGCGCGGCCUGAUGGGUUUGGGAGAUGGUGAGCGCAUGAAGAGGAUGUGGAAGACCCCGAGCGAGGAUAGUGCGUCGAGGGAGCAGACUAAGAGAGCGUGGAAGAAGCCGAGUGAGGAUAUCACGCCGGGAGAGCGGAUUGAGUGGAAGGGGUUGUUUGAAACUGGAAAUUGAGUAAGUUUUACGGUGUUUAUGAUUGUGGAUAUCGACUUAUGACGGGUUUCGAAGGAUUGUAUAGGUCAUCAGCACAAACCACUCAGUUAGCAUGAUUAGAGUAUAGGACAGCUCGACUAAGAGAGCGUAUAUGAUAACUUCUGCGCAUACAUCUUGCCAUUGUCAUAGGUGUUCUAGCGGGCCGUCAGAGAUACAGGCGUAAUGUCAAAUCUUCGAAAGUACAAA